AUACCCUCCGUAGUGCUCUUCUGUUGGGAGGGGGGAUUGGUUUGAGACUGAGCCGGUGUAAAAACGUCCCAUGCACUGGAGCUUAAUCCUGAACGCCAUCAGACUGACCCGACACACACCUGUUAAUAUCGUUACAUUUAGAGAUUAAAUCCGCAUUUAGUUCGUGGUUUGUACAAUUUAACAGGUUCUUGGAUUCUCUGGGAUAUUUAACACACUAGAUAAAGGCGAAACAUCUGAUAAUUAGUGAAUGAAAGUUGAACUUUUAGCGGAGUUUUCUAUAGAUAAAUAUACUCACCUUUAGCGACCGUUGGUGAAUUUUCCCGCGCUUUAAUGAGGCGACAUGCGCGCGUGCCUGCUCGUGCUGCUGUGCGUGUGGCUGCUGAGCGCGCGCGGCUCUUCAGCUGGACUGAGGGGUCACAGACUGCAAACAUACAACCAGAUCAGAUCCAGAAGAGAAGCUACAAGACCAGAGGGAAGAGUUCUUAAGUCAGGAAGUCCCAUUUUAAAAAGAAGCCUCGACAUCACCAAAGGCUCAUUAGCAAAAUCCGAGAACCUGCUGAGAAUUGAUGAUCAUGAUUUUACAAUGCGGCCCGGCUUCGGAGGUCCUGCUAUUCCGGUGGGUGUGGAUGUCCAGGUUGAAAGUCUGGACACCAUCUCUGAAGUGGAUAUGGAUUUUACUAUGACCCUUUACCUGAGGCAUUACUGGAAAGAUGAGCGCCUGUCCUUCCCCAGCAACACUAACCACAGCAUGACCUUCGAUAGCCGGCUGGUGAAGAAGAUCUGGGUGCCCGACAUGUUCUUUGUUCACUCAAAACGCUCCUUUAUUCAUGACACCACCACAGAUAAUGUCAUGCUGAGGGUCUAUCCUGACGGCAAAGUUCUCUAUAGUGUGAGGGUCACAGUCACAGCUAUGUGUAACAUGGACCUGAGCCGCUUCCCUCUCGAUACCCAGACUUGCUCACUAGAGAUCGAAAGCUACGCGUACACUGACGAUGACCUGAUGCUGUACUGGAAGAAAGGAAACGACUCCCUGAAGACAGAUGAGAGGAUCUCACUCUCUCAGUUCCUCAUUCAGGAGUUCCACACCACCACAAGGCUGGCUUUCUACAGCAGCACAGGUUGGUACAAUCGACUAUACAUCAACUUCACGCUGCGCCGUCACAUCUUCUUCUUUCUGCUGCAGACCUACUUUCCUGCUACUCUAAUGGUCAUGCUGUCCUGGGUGUCCUUCUGGAUAGACCGUCGUGCUGUCCCUGCGAGAGUACCCCUGGGCAUCACCACAGUGCUCACGAUGUCCACCAUAAUCACAGGAGUGAACGCCUCCAUGCCCCGAGUGUCCUACAUCAAAGCUGUAGACAUCUACCUGUGGGUCAGCUUCGUUUUUGUCUUUCUCUCCGUGAUUGAGUAUGCAGCAGUUAACUACCUGUCCACGCUUCAGGAACGCAAAGAGAGGAAGUUUAGAGAAAGGUUGCCGUGUACAUGUGGGAUGUCUCACGCAAGCCCCAUGAUGAUGAGCAGCAGCUACAGCGAGGUGGACACCUUGACGACAGGUCACUACGGCGUAGCUGAGGUAAAUGGAGAGAAGCACGAGCAUGUGCUGAUGCAGCUAGCCAUGAACAACGAUCAGAGUUCCCACGACCAAGCUACAAACACUCAGUCCUACAACAGCAUCUGGAUCGACACCCACGCCAUAGACAAGUACUCCCGCUGGAUCUUCCCUGGAGCAUACACAAUCUUCAACAUCAUAUACUGGUCCAUCUACUCCUAACAGCAGCUGCUGCUGAUGCAUGAAGCAUUCAGAUAUAAAGGGGCAUCAUACAAUGUUCAUUUUUCACCUAAUAUUACUGUACAGUCAGACAUCCUGGAAGUCUCCAGGCCUUUAAUGGACAUCAGUCAGAACCCUACUGCCAUCUUAUAGGUCAGCACUUCUGACACCAGUCUCGAUGUUAUUGAAAUGGAUAAUUAGAGUUGCUAGUGGACCAGUGAAACAGUGGACUGGGAACAUGAGCCGGUCAUUGUUUUGUUAGAUUUUUAUUUAUUUUUUUGGAUGAGCUCUUAUAUACCAGGGAAUUGUGAUAUGUAGGAAGAUAUAGCAAAAAAAAAAUUACAAUCCCAAGAAUGCCAUGAUAUAUACAUGUCCCCACAGCAUGUACCACUGAUACCACACAGCCUCAGGGUUCUGGAAAUAAUCCUCUUUUUGUAUUCUAAUCUUGCUCGCAUGUAAGCAAAUGUCCUAUGAACCCCUGAAUGCAGUACAACAGAUCAUUGCAUUGCUUAUUAUAGAUGAAUUACUGUAGUUGUAUAUCUGAUUUGAUUGACUGUAAUGUAUUCUAGUGUAGUGUAGCCUAAAUAGAUCUGUGCAUGGAAUUAUUGGGAGCACUGCAGUAACAUACCCCAGACACCUUCCCUCAGACUUAGCUGAUCAUGUCUGAAUGUGAACGCCAGACCUGAGCACUCACCAUUUUAUCUCUAGCAACUGUGUUUUUAACAUACAAAGACAAAAGAUGUGGGUACAUUUGAAAUAAAAAAUAUGUACUGGAAGUAUAAUAAAUAACAAAUCAAA